GUAGGUUUUAUAUUUAUUUUUAUUUCAAAGUUUUACACUUUCAUAGCGCGAGAGAACAGUGUUGGCCCUUGUAUUUUAUUUCUGUCACAUUUCAAUGAAGAAGUCUCUUGGUAUUCUUAGAUUGCCUUAGCGAAUUUUCAACACUACACUGGUGCUGGUUGAGACGAGUCUACCAAAGAUGGCGGGCAGGUUGAAAAAGUGAUGAGUAAGGCAUUUUGAAAUCGAAAUUAAUUUUGACACGUCAGAUUUACAAAAGUAUAAAAGAAGAGCCUUUCUUUUUGGGAGCCACUGUAGAGUAUAAGGCCACUGAGUUACACCUGUAUUUUGACGUGCUAAAGGGAAACGAAUACGCCAAAGGUCGACUUCAGAAAGGAACUUUUCCUUCCUGAUAUUUUAUGAUGAACAAUGUUCCGGCCGGGGCGAAGAAGAUCCCCGGGGAUCGGAUUGUUAUUUUUGGCCAGCCAGCUCUACAACAUUGGUUUUAACAGGAUUCCUCCUGUAACACUGACUUUCAUCGGUAUAAACGUCGCAGUUUAUCUCCAGCUUUUGAACAACCUUCCAUCUCUCGGAAAAGCUUGUGUUAGUGCCCAUCAUGUCUGGUACAAUGGCGACUGGAAGCGAAUCAUUUUCGCUGCCUUUUAUCACUUAAACGACUUUCAUUUGUACUACAACAUGGCCUCGUUCGUUUGGAAGGGCAUGUCGCUUGAACCAAGGAUGGGAAGUCCGAAAUUUCUGUACAUCUUGUCCGUAUUCACUGCCUUAACUAACACUGUUCUUGUUGCUUUAGACAUGGUUCUGGCGAACGUAACUGAGGACUUUUCUUACAUUUACACCUGUGCUGCGGGUUUUUCAGGUGUCAUCUUUGCCCUUAAAGUUCUUACAACGUACAACCUUCCUUCUGGUGUUUCCAUGGUGAUGGGUAUGUUCCCAGUACCAAUGAGGUGGGCCUGUUGGGUGGAGUUGAUUGUCAUUCAGCUUCUUGUUCCUAAUGCCUCAUUUACUGGUCAUUUAGCUGGUAUUCUUGUGGGAAUGAUGUACGUUAAAGGUCCUUUAAAGUAUAUCAUGGAUACAAUCAGUGGUGCUGGAUCAGGAGUGACAAGAAGAAUGAGACAAUCAUACACCUACCAUGUGGGGACAACAGGACGAAGACGAAACAGACAGCCUCCAGAUGACUCUGAUUCCGCUGAUGAAGAACUCAGAGAAGCUAUAAGGGCAAGCCUCCGAGAAACACAUAUGAAUCGACAGCCAAACCUGGAUGAUUAUGACCCAAGGAUACAGACGGCAAUAAGAGAGAGCCUAGAUAACCCAGGAGGGGAGCCCUCUCGGUGGUCUGAUAACCAACAGCCUCAGAGAAGAGGACCAUCUUCCGGAUCCCCACCAUACCCCCCUCAAAAUGGGGGCCGUUAUAAUUCUUGGUCGGCAACUUCAUCUGGUGGUGUUUCUUCGCGGCCGCCACCCUACUCCACUCAGGGGCCCUCAGCCUACCCCUCCCAAGAAGUUCCACCCUACCCUCGAGAGGGAGGAGGUCUUUAUCCCCGCCUGCCGGAUCCUACUCCCUAUACAGGCGGGGCGUUCGCGCAGUCUCCACCGUACCCUUCGGGGAUAGCGGAAUCCUACUCUACGGAUCCAGAACCUUCUGCUCCCCCGCAAGAACACGUUGGUAACGGAUACACAGGGAGACAUGCGCCGUACCCCCCGGAAAGCGUCACGCCCCAGGAAAGUUCGCUGGAUGAAGUUCGUAGAAGAAGGCUUCAGCGAUUUGAAAGAUAGCAUCUUGACAAAAGACUUUCAAAACCUUGGUCGAACCUGCGAUAGUUUAUCACAGGAACCGGUCAAGUCGCCCGAAACCUGAGUCAUGUUGCCCGAAAUUUUAGUAAUGUCGCCCGAAGAAACAAAUACAAAAAAGAUCAGAAUUUCAGACUGUAAAUAGGCAAUAACGUUUGAGAAAUUUUUAUCACUGAAGCGCUCUUUGUUUCCGACAACAUCAUGAAGAUUCUUAAAGCGUUGUUCGUCCCUAACAACAAAGGGAAAUGUUGUUCGUUUCUAACAACAAAAUGCAGCGUUGUUCGUUUGGUAUGUAAUCGUUUCUUACUCACGGACGUUUCGUAAGCCUGAGAAACUUUUUCUCUGAUAAAAAUUUCUCAACGUUAUUGCCUAUUAACAGCUGUAAUUCUGAUAUUUUUAGCAUUUGUUUCUUCGGGCGACUUCACUUUUUUUUUCGGGCGACAUAACUAAAAUUUCGGGCGAGAUGACUCUCGGGCGACUUGACUGUAAACCUUUAUCACAUAAACUGGCUAUGAUGCUCGGUGUGGCGUGCAGUUGGUGGUCGCCUACAAAACAGCAGACAGUCACCGUGUAAAGUUAUUUUCGUAGUCUCGAUUCUAGCAAAAUUCAUCCGUAAGCCUAAACUGCGUUAUUGAAGAGCCUGCAUUAUAAAUCAGUGUAAAUUUAGUGAGUCAGUAACAAAUUCUUAUUCAAAUUAACAUUUAGGGCCUCGUCCAUACGAAAAUGUCCAAGUUGCGUGUUAUUGUUACUAUUCCCGUGCUCUUUCAACGGAAAUGUUGUACAAAUAGAGUAUUACGAGAGAACUAAUUAUGAUAGAUUCUUUAACAAAAAGCAAUUUACCUUUAGUUUACACAUAAUGAAGUGAAGUCAACGCUCGAAAAUGAUACUCAAAAACGUGUCGUUUGACAAAAUACGAAAAUUAGAAAAUGAAUUCGCUCAAAAAUACAGUCCUCCAAGUACAUGGGGUUUGUCGGCAAUUUUUUCUCGAUCUAUCAGAGUAAACCUUUCAUGAAUA